AUGCAGUCAUUCAAAAUUUCGCUAUCCAACGGAGCCAAUGUGGCCGGAAUUCAUAAUAUUCCACCACGUUCUGCCUCUGCUCUCACGCACCGUCCCUUGAUUAUCGGUCUUCACGGCAGCACCUAUGACUGCCAUUAUUUUGACACCGACAACGCGCACACAGCUCUCAUUGCCAGUUCUGCAUUCGGAGUCCCAUUUGUAUCCAUCGAUCGGCCCGGGUACGGUGGGACAACCUCCUUCCUGCCUGUCUCUGAAAAUUCCAGCUUUCCGGAAGAGACUGGGAUCUGGUUACAUCGCUAUAUAUUGCCCGCUCUCUGGUCUGAGUUCGGCGUGCGGAAUAGUUGCAACUGCAUCGUCCUUCUGUGCCACAGUCUAGGGUCCAUGGGAGGCAUUGUUGCUGCCGCCACACACGCACAAGAUCGGGAGUCUGUGUAUCCAUUAGGUGGUGUCAUAAUAUCAGGUCUUGCAGACAAGCUGCUCGAAGCCAUGAAGGAGAAUCCAGUUCGCGAACCCAAUGUUCCGCCAGAAUAUGUAUUGUUCCCCCGAGACAUCAAGGAUAACCUCAUGUUUCCACCACAGACUGUUCACCCGGCCAUCUUGAAGCAUACGGAUCGACUGAACUGCCGAAGUCCGUUUGCUGAGAUUGAGAGCUUGCGGACGCAGUGGCUCCCAACUUGGCGAGAUCAAUGGGCUUCGCAUGUGGUGGCGCCUUUGAUGUUUGGCUUAGCGGAGCGAGAUUGCUUCUUCGAGGGGACGGAGGAACAUGUGAGGGACUGCAUCGCAGCAUUCCGAAACAGCGUGCGUGCCGAUGGUAGCUUGAUUCGGCACGCCCCGCAUUGUUUGGAGUUGAGUUAUUGGUCGCAAGGGUGGUAUGCGCGGUGUUUUGGAUUUGCGAUUGAGUGCUCGACUAGUUAUGCUGCAGCCAUUCAGUGA